AAGAAAUGAUAUAUUCAGAUUGUCUUGGAUGAUUCUGUUUAAAUCACAAUCUCAUCCAAUGUCAUUUCAAAUAGUUGUUGUGAAGACAUUAAAUAUUUGAAAUGUAAAUGUUAAAAGUAGAGUUCUAAGAUCCCACAGCAAACAACCACAGAGAGGCCAAAGUACAACCAAAGGUUCUUUAUAAACUCAGUUUACACCGUAAUACACAGUAUCACUACGGUCCUAUUAGAAAAGUAUAAAUAGGCUGGGAUUUAGGGCUGUAGGCUAACUAGAAGCAACGGGCCAAACUAACACAGCAGGUGAUUCCCGGGUCCUUCCGAGCAAGAUUUGUUCAUUCAUUUCUACCCGAGCACGAUUAGUUCGGCUCUACCCGAACUGGGUUCGGCUCUUCCUCCCGAGCAGGGAGAGGAAGAUCUGUGGAAUCACUACACACCAUACAAGCAAGCAAAAUUGUCUGUGCGAUUCAAUUUCAUUCAAUUUAAUUUCACACGUGAGAAUGUAAGGAAUUAAGUGAAAGGCAAUCGUUGUAAACACACAGCACACAUGAUUAUUUGGCACUCAUAGAUAUGCAUGAUAUCAAAUAAGACAUGCUGAUACGUAAUAUAAAGAGAAUGGCAGGGUCUAGUUUAGUAAGAGUCAGUGUCACUUGUGACAUAUACAUUAUGUUCAAAUACAGUGAUGCAUAAAGGAGUCUCUGUCCUUUCCUAACAGAUCCAAAACCAGACAUUACAGUCAAUAUUGAUGAGGACUUCACCAUCAUCUGUUUGAUUUGUGGAUCCGUCAGUCCUGACACCACCUGUAACCUGUAUGUUGGAGAGGAGAGUCAGCCAUCCUUCACAGCAAAGAUCAUGAAGAGAAAAGCCUCCUCAGCAUCCGGACAGCAGUUCUGUCAAUUCACUCCAAAACAUAGUGAUCUGAUCAGUCGUCUACAGUCAGUGAGGCGUAAGGAGGUGAGCUGUGACUACAGAUUGAGCUCAGGACCAAACUCUCUCUCUCCACGCAGUGAUGGGCACAGCUUUACAGAUCUGGUGGGAGUUCACAUCAGUGAUCCAACAACUAUACAGACACCUUCUAUAGCAGUGGGUUUGACUCCAGGUCCUGGGUCUACUUUGCCGCCCAGCACAACAAUGAGUCCUACAGAAGUUUUGACUGUUACUUCUACUUCGACCCGAGACACCACAGUGACACCAACUACCAGUUUGACCUCUCCUUUGACCCCCAGCACGGCAGUGAAUCCUACAUCAGGAGGUCAAAGCUCCACAGAAAGCGUUCUGGCAGUUUCGACUGUUACUUCUACUUUGACCCCUGACAUCACAAUGAGACCAACUAGUUUGACCUCUCCUUUGGCCCCCAGCACAGCAGUAAAUCCUACAUCAGGUGUGCUGGUCAUCUUUAGUUAG